AUGUCGUCACUAACAAACACCGUUUUGCUCGAGUUGGAGGAGGAGGAGGAGGAGGAUGUGAUCACAGACUUGGCAUCCAACUUGAAUAGCGUCGUCAUAUCUCGCCGGCAAGGAAACUUGAUUCGCAAUCCAAACAAUGUUUCUCGGGCUGCACUGAAGGAAGCCAUCAAGCUUGGGCGCCGCGACAAAACGCGCCCUGGCCCUAGUGGCGAAACGCGUCACAAAUUCAUUCAUCGAGGCAUGGUUUACAUAACCGACGCCGCCGAGCGACAAGUCAUCAGCAGCUGGCGCAUUGAUGGCAAAGACGAGAACCCGUUCGAUGCCCCCAUGGCUGAUCCUGCAUCUCGCAAGAUUCAUGCCGUAUUUGUGGUCGACGACAGCGGAUCGAUGCGUCGGGACGACGUACCUGGAUUCUCAUCUCGCACUGAAGCCGUUUUCAAGACCUUGCUCAAACAAUUUUUACAACCACAGAUGGAGUUGACCCGCCAAGACCCGACAGCCUCCAUGAACGUAUCCGUCUCCCUCAUUCUUGCCGCACAAGAGGCCUCAGUUGUUCUACAACGAGCCCCACUUGACCACAGCUUGGAGGUCGGGCUCGAGGAGCUCUCCAGCCACACUGCCAUGUACCAUGGUUUUUACCUGACCGGCUUGGCAGCCCUGGAAAAACUGUUGGAUGAAGAAAAGACCUCCAACUCACGCAUCAUGGUGUUUUGGCUGAGCGACGGAGCUCCCAGCGAUCAUGUCCAUACGCCAUGCACCCAUGGCACGCGCGUUUGGGACUCGGGCUACAGCAACCAGCUGCCAGAAUGUCCAUAUGGCAACGCAAAGUACUUGUGUCGGCCGCAAGUCAAGCGCUCCGUUCGUGAAAAGUGUCUCCGCCAGAUUCGCCACCUUGGUGACACUUUUGGGCAGCAUCGACUCAGCUUCACCACUGUUGGGUUUGGCCCAGCAAAAGAAGACUUUCACAUGCUACAGGACAUGGCUGCCGUUCUGCCGCUGGGCAAAUUUCACAAGCUGGGUCUGAAUGUGCACCAUUUGGCGAGCGUUUUUACAACUCUGACCUCAACAAUGACCACCUUGCGCACCCGCCUGGCUGGUGGUGGAACUACCCCCAAUGCCCGAAAAAACAAAGCAGCCCAGCGAAUCCAAAACUUGGAUGACUCUGCUGUGGAUAGUAGUGUCUGGGACGUGUACAUUGGCCCCGAUCUGGUUCGCAAGUACACAUACUCACAUGCUGCUCGUGCAAUGAUGGAUGUGCCCAUGGAAGAAGGCGCCAAUGGUAUUGCCAUGCGCAAAGAGUACUUUGAGGCAGGCGCGGAGCGUUUUGCCUUUGAAUGUACCGAAGUGGCAAGCAGGGGCGCCAAGCACCCGGCCCAAGCCCGAGGCUAUGCGUUAGUUGCAAAGGAAAGCGCCACUGAAGAAUAUCUGAACAUUAAAUUCUACGAGCGAGCGGCGAAGACACAGGCGUUUGCGCAGUCAAUGGCGGAACGAUUCAACGAGCGCGUGCGCACCACGGUGGGGAGCUUGGAAACGGCCCUGCGCGUUUCCUUUGCCCCAUGUACCAUAUACGAGGUGAAGGACCCGUAUUACGACAAUGGCAUCGCCUGGAUCUUGGCAGAGCCUUCCCUAGAGGGCAAAUUUGUCAAGUGGAACAGCAACUCUGGGGAAGUCAAGAAGCAUAUGCACGAGACGGUUGAACUGCCGCAGGGCACAACUUGUGAUGUCGACGAUGUCCCACAAGCUUUCAGCCAUUUCUCGUACGAAGUGACUGGCAAAGAAGAGUUGAUUUGCGAUUUGCAAGGCGUCUGGAACGCCUAUGAUGGCUUCACGCUGACCGAUCCGGCGAUUCACCACAUCUCAGAGUCCAAGCGGCAUGGCAAGAGUCGGACUGAUCGCGGCACCGAGGGCAUCCGUCAGUUUAUGGAGACCCACACGUGCUCGCCGCUGUGCCGAGCGCUGGGCUUGUCGAAUUGCUCUGUGUGUGUGUGUGUGUGUGUGUGUGUGUGUGUGUGUGUGUGUGUGUGUGUGUGUGUGUGUGUGUGUGUGUGUGUGUGUGUGUGUGUGUGUGUGUGUGUGUGUGUGUGCGUGCGUCUUCGCUCACAAUGUAUUUCUGAAUGA